CGGGCGGAGCGCACCAUGCCGCAGCUGGACUCGGGCGGGGGCGGCGCGGGCGGGGGCGACGACCUCGGCGCGCCGGACGAGCUGCUGGCCUUCCAGGACGAGGGCGAGGAGCAGGACGACAAGAGCCGCGACAGCGCCGCGGGCCCCGAGCGCGACCUGGCCGAGCUCAAGUCGUCGCUGGUCAAUGAGUCCGAGGGCGCGGCGGGCGGCGCGGGGGUCCCUGGGGCCGGUGCCGGGGCCCGCGGCGAGGCGGAGGUCGGGGCCGAGGCUCUAGGGCGGGAACACGCUUCGCAGAGACUUUUCCCCGACAAACUUCCAGAGUCUCUGGAAGACGGCCUGAAGGCCCCGGAGUGCGCCAGCGGCAUGUACAAAGACACCGUCUACUCGGCCUUCAAUCUGCUUAUGCACUACCCACCCCCUUCGGGAGCAGGGCAGCACCCCCAGCCGCAGCCCCCACUGCACAACAAGGCCAGUCAGCCAGCCCACAGCGUCCCACAGCUCUCUCCUCUCUAUGAACAUUUCAGCAGCCCACACCCUACACCUGCACCAGCCGACAUCAGCCAGAAGCAAGGAGUUCACAGGCCUCUGCAGACCCCUGACCUCUCUGGCUUCUACUCUCUGACCUCAGGCAGCAUGGGACAGCUUCCCCACACUGUGAGCUGGCCCAGCCCUCCUCUCUACCCCCUGUCCCCUUCCUGCGGAUAUAGACAGCACUUCCCUGCCCCCACUGCAGCCCCUGGCGCCCCCUACCCCAGGUUCACCCACCCAUCCCUGAUGCUAGGCUCCGGUGUGCCUGGUCACCCUGCAGCCAUCCCCCACCCGGCUAUCGUACCUCCCUCAGGCAAGCAGGAGCUGCAGCCAUAUGACCGUAGCCUGAAGACACAGGCAGAAUCCAAGGCAGAGAAAGAGGCAAAGAAGCCAACCAUCAAGAAGCCACUCAACGCCUUCAUGCUGUACAUGAAGGAGAUGAGAGCCAAGGUCAUUGCAGAGUGUACACUCAAGGAGAGUGCUGCCAUCAACCAGAUCCUGGGCCGCAGGUGGCACGCGCUGUCUCGGGAAGAGCAGGCCAAGUAUUAUGAGCUGGCCCGAAAAGAGAGGCAGCUGCACAUGCAGCUCUACCCAGGCUGGUCGGCGCGGGACAACUAUGGGAAGAAAAAGAGGCGGUCACGAGAAAAGCACCAGGAGUCCAACACAGAACUGCUUGCUAGCCCUGCGGAGCCGGCGCCUACAUCACCAGGUCUUUCGGCCGCUCUCAGCCUCCCAGCCCCCUGGACCCCAACAGGCCCCCCACAGCAUCCUGCAGAGUACACAGCUGCAACGACAGGAAUCUCAGAGACAGGCAGCCUAGCAUGUACAGGACACCUGGCCGCCUCCAGGGGCUCAUCCUCUGAGAGGAAGCGACAGAGCCCCAAAGCACGUGGGAACUGGCCAGGGGCCCUGUUACCUCCCUCUCAGGGACCGGGCCCAGGAGACUUCCGAGGCUGCACAACUUCUGCCUGAACCCGGGGCCAUCAGUUCAAACUACGCCAAAUGGUGGGAAUCAGAUCUGCAUUGUGUCAUCUAAUUAAGGGCAUCCCUUGUGCCUAUAGCAGCCUGCAUCUGUUCCUUUUACCCUCUAUCUUGCUGGCCAGAUGCCCCUGCCUCCCUUGCUUUUCUACUAUAGGUCACAGAUAGGCUGGACUAAGCCCAGCUGCUUUCCCCACCCUACACCUCCUUGGCCCCAUCACUGCCACGCCCUCCCCAUACCACACACUUCAAGGACCAAGAAUGAGCUGGUUUACAAAACCACAUGUGAGCAUGGUCACAACCACAUGCUCAAGACAAUAAUGUUUCUCUCAACCUGGAGAAGCCCUGUUGACAGAAAAGGAGUUAUUCAUAAACCGGACCGGAGUAAGCCUUUUGCCGUGUCCUCAAGAGCUUACAAGACUAGGAGGAAAUGGAACAGGUUAAGUUUAGGCCUAUUACCACAGGCAGUAGGAAUAACCUGACACUACCUUAUCAGGCAAGUAUGGGCAGUGAGAGGUAUCUGGCUCUAGUUCGUAUUACUUGGGUAUGUUUCCAAGAGAAACUCAACCUCCCAAGAAGCUCUGAUACCAAGGUCCCGUGCCUGUUACUAGUGACUGAACUCAAAAGAAAUUACGGCCCCAAAUCCAGCAUGCAUCCCUCCCUACACCAAGAGCCGCUGUCACAGUUCUAGCUCCUGCUUGUCCAGGUCAGUCUAGCCAGCUCUUGGGCAGUUUUAAGAGAGCAAACCAAACCUCAUGACCCCCAAUGCUCACCUUACAGCACUGAAAUCGCUUCAGCUUCAGUUUCCCGAAGGGGCUGCAGUAAGGAGGACCAUCAGCAUCCAAGCAAGGAGCCCAGAGAACCUCUAGUGGUGGUCAGUGGGUUUUCACCACCGCCUAGUUUAACCCAUUUCUGAGCCAAGCUUCAAGCCUGAGCCUUAAAAACAAACUUUUAAUUUAACUUUUUUUGUCUCCUCCUCAACUGUAUAUAGCCUGAACCCAAAGAAAAAGGGCUCUUCCUAUACCCACACACCCCUCAACAAAAGCCUUCAUAGUUCCUACUUUAGCCACUGGCUUCUCAAGAAUCCAAAGAUCAUAUAUUCUAGUAUAGUGUUGCAAGAAGUCUUGAGAAAAAGGACUAUUGUCGUGUUCAAAAUAUUUUUGUAUUGUUAAUGCAUCAUCAUACAAAAACGUUUUUUAACAUGAGAAUAAAGAUACUUUUUACUGGGUUUCUUUUUCAAAGUUGACCCUGAGGAAUAUGCUGUUUCAGUAACAGAGCAUACAGACUACUUUUCUUCCCCACAGCCAUGAAACUUGGGGUUUACUCUCUAUAAUGGUACACACAUUCUAAAGACUUUCAGUCCACCUCACCUCCCUGCUGCAACCCCGAGAGCUAAGCUCAUUCUAGGUGUAAACUACUAUUCCAAGCCUUGGUCCUAACUCCCCAAUCCUCGGACCUCACAAGUGAUGCAGGUGCAGGCUAGCCUGCACACGACAUUGCGCUGGAAACUGCCACCACGGACCCACAUGACCACCAGGCUCCAUCUUCCCCUCCAUUUUCCUUCCACACAAAGACUGAACACAAGUAUACAUCCUAUUUCAAGGAAAACCAGACCAGGAGUCUUCUAUAAUUUGGUAUCAGAAAUUUCAAAAGGGCAUUUUAACAGCACCCUUUCUUCCCCAAAACUAUUAAGGUGCUUGAGAUAACUUCAUAUUUUUAUAGAAAGCCUCUCCAGUUUGAUAAAUCUACAGACUACUUUUAUACAGCAGUGUCCAUCAUGUUUAAGAAUACAGCUAACUCCUAAAACCCAACAUGAAUGUAAAAGGUGUCAUAAAGCCACCUCAAUAGGUCAAUCAACUGUUAGAUACAAAUGCUGGACAAGAGUAUCACAACAGCCAGCCACUGGGCCACCGAUCAUGCCUUGUACUUUUCACUGAGUUCUAUUUUUGGGAUUUUAUGUUUGAAAAUAUUUAUAAAUAAAGUCAUCUUCCA